AUGGAGAAUCCGCACGAACGAGUACAGGCCAAUAUUCUGUCGCGCAUAAUCGGUAAUGUCAAAAGGCUUAAUGAGAGUGUGGCAAUCCUCAACCAGGAACUUGUUACCAUUAAUAAUCGAAACAAGAAUCUAGAAAUCAUGGGUGCGAUUUGUGAUAACUAUCAUAACAGCGUCCAGUUUAAUCUGGAAGCAACCAAUAAUAAGAAACCACCUCUUUGA